AUGCAGGUCACAGGUCUCUCGGCUGAGGACUCCCUGCCUGACUGGUUGGCCUCAGGCGUGCGAGUCGUGGCCUCGCCACAAAGCCCACAGACGCCAAAGCGUCUCGAGCUUACCUUUGCUGGCGUUGACCUGCCGGACAAGCUGCCUCUCCUGGUGGGUUGGCUCCGUGCCCCUGGAGGCCUGGCGCAGCAGGCGCUAUUAGCAUCUGAUGACACAUUUGCUUGCUGGGCUGACUUCCGUGGGACGAGCCUGCAAGACGUGGAUGCAGGAGACCUUCUUGGAUGCUUGGCGGACCUUCGCGUGGUGCGGUUGUGGCUGGCCUCAAACAGCCUGACGCAGAAGUCUGCUGGACGCUUGCGAGACUUCAUCCAACGGGCACGGGGCCUCCAGGAACUGGAUUUGGCGUGCAAUGAUUUGGAUGAUGAGGCAGUGUUUGGGCUCAUCUCCUCGGCUGCCAAGCACCGAGGCUGCCAAAAGUGGCUCUACCUGGCCGGAAAUCAGGUCCGCAAUCCACCAGCGUUGCUUGAGCGGCUGCGGCGUUCAGGGGUGCAUGUGUGCCUGGACGACACCACUUCAGAUCCGCUUGAUAAAGUUGACCAGAUCUGUUUGCCCUACUUCUGCUUCCAGGGGCCUGACACAGUGGAUCGCGACCCCGGGCUAGAUCUGCCUCAAGCCACGCCAGUCCAUGAAGCCCUGCCUCAUGCGGACUCGGACAAGCAGAAGGCGGUGCCAAGGUUGUCAGCAGUGGCUCGCAAGAAUGUGGCCUCCGCCCUGCGAACCCUGCGGACCAUGAUCCCUCAAGCAGAAGGAGAACCACAGCCGGUGACUCCGCCCUUGGACAGCCCUGGCGGUCCAAACGCAGCUCCCAAUACCAUGCCUUUGCCACCAAUGCCUGAACUGAUGGUUGAUGGCUUUCAAAUGCCCCCCACUGGUCCAUGUGCACCGCUGUCAAUGCUCGGGCAGGUUAUGCCGGCCCCACCGCCUGCUCCAGCUAUGAACAUCAUGUCACCCACGAUCACCCCGAUAACCCCAGCACCGAUGACCCCCACCACGCCAGCACCUAUGAUGAACACAUGCAUGACGCCGCUGACACCAUCCACUCCUUCACAAGGGCUGGCCGCAGCUUUCCCCCCAGGCUUUCCGCCAACUCUCCAUGCCGCCGAUGGUUUUCUGCAACACGGCAACCAUGCCCAUGCUGCGCUGAAUAUGGUGCCCGGUGGAACUGUGACUGGGACUAACGGCUUGUCGAACGGCCUGGGCAUGGACUUGCCAUUCAGCACUGGUCCGGGUCCAACGAUGGCUGCUUACGAGGCGGCACUUCUCGGUGCCACCCCAGAAGUCGAACGCUCAGAGGUUGGCGAAGCGCCCUGGAAGUCGCAGCGUCGUCGUCAGCGAAAGCCUGGCGGGCUCUGA